AUGGACAGUGCCAUGUCUGACGCAAUCAGCUCUACAUCCUCUCAAGCCAAAGGCAAUACCAAGCGAUCUGUUGACGAAGAUGCCGCCAAUAGCCUGGAUAUCAAGCCUCCCGCCAAGAAGCCUCGCUGCAAGAAGCGAAGUCUAAAAGCAGUGGAUUCUUCGAUUCAGCUGCCAAUUGAUGCUUUGGGCCUUGUCAUGGAGUUCUUGUCUCCUCGGCAGCUCUUCAAUCUGGCUUUUUCUUGCAAGACGCUUCAGGCAAGAAUCACCACUCCACUAGUCGUGAAAUCGGCACUCAUUCAUGGUGGCCUUCCCAAACAGUCGAUGACAGAGCUAUAUCAGCUAAUGUCUAAUAAGGCUAUGCAUGCCCCGUCCCCAUUACGACUUUUGCGACUCGUCAAUGGAAAGCGCUGUGAAUUCUGUCGCAAGAGUAGAGUCAACAUUGUCCGUCCAAAAUUGGGAGUCUUUGCUUGUUGGAAUUGUACGGCAUGUCGAAUGACCAAGCCUUGGAAAUACUCUUGGGCUCGCCGCAACAAAGGGAUCUACGAUUCCAUUUUUGUUCACCCACAAGUCGUUUCCAGCGAAUACGCAAAGUGUGCAUACAUGUGGGCCAAGCCACGGACUGAUGCAUUUGGAGAACCAAUUGGAUGCCUAGCUACUUUUGGAGAUUUGGAUCGAAUGUUCGAACAUACCCGAAAAGGUUCUUCUUUGACUACUUAUAUUGAACAGAACCUACUUGCUACAACUGAUACGGACGGGGCAUAUCAAGAGUUCAAUGAUUCCUAUUCCAAUGCCUUGGCUCGAUCCACAGAAAUCGCAACAGAACGGUUUCAUAAGAAGGUCGCCAACAAGAAGACAAGAACGGAAAAUAAGGUGGCCAAAGUCGAAAAGAUGACCGAGGACUUGAGGUUGAUGCUGAACGAGCCUUUCCGCGACAUGCUACUCAAGAAACAUCAGAUGAAAUACGACGCUUGGGCCAUAGGUAUUUCAAAGCUACCUGUUGUUCGAUUUGAUAUUGCCUAUGUCGACAAACUGUUGAGACCGUAUAUCAUUACUCCUUCCAAACUACGAAAGAAGCUCUUGGCCGAGAUUGCCAAUACAAUUAACGAGAUAUUUUCUCCCUUGGCUAAAUUCUCAACUUUGGACUUUCUCUCUGAUGAAGAUCCAUUUGACAUGGCGCUCAAGACUCACUUCGGCACCAAAUUUCAUGACCUGCCAGGUCUCCUUGGAAUGGUGACCGAAAUUGAAGACUGUCACGUCGAAGCCAAGAAGAUGGUCGAUGAAAGGUUCUUUGAUCGCAUGGAGAAGGGGCAGCUGAUCAGCGCGCUGGCUCGACUCGUUCAGAAUGAUCUUUCCUGUAUCCUUAGUCUCAAACCAGAAGAUUCAGUAGUACGGAUGAGACCAACUUUAGUCGGGGCGGAAACGACGCUAGCACGAACUGUUUGGUUGGAUAGUCUCACGAAGGAACAAAAAGACAACGACCAGCGGUUUCGUCAAGCCUACGCCAUCGCGAUGAAGGUGCUACCACAGGCCAAACAAAGACUGAAGGAUUACCGUGUCUGGCUACAGGAAAAGCGUCCCGAGAAUUGGGAUCGACGUUUGCGUGCAUUGGAAAAGGCUUAUUCUUACGCUUCAAUGUUGCCCCCAUUGUUGGCGGAAAAUUUGAAAGCAUUGGACAAGAAAGUAUCCACCAUCGUGGACUACUAUUGA